CUGCUCACACGUCACGUCGCGAGAGCGUUGGAUUUCGACCUGCGCGGCGCUUUUGGCGGAGUAAGAGGAAGGAGGCGGCGCAGGAUCAGGCAGGCAGGCAGGCAGAGGAAACACCUGUGGAGGGCGAGGGGCCUCCUUCGGCUCGAAGGACAAAAGCCGGGCGAGCGGGGGGGGGCGCGGUUCCCAGAAUGCAACGGGGUGUAGCCCCCCACUAGUCCACCUUCUGGUCCUCCUCCUGUGCGCAAGCCCCUUUUGGGUACAACAAUGGAUCUUGUCCUGGCAUAUGCAGAUGACUCCGUUUUGACGCCUUAUGUUUAUCCAGCAGCAUGGCCAGAAGAUAACCCUUUUCGACAGUUUACUAGCCUUAUUGUCAUAACAAAUGUGGGUGCUCUUGUCCUUUAUUUGCUGUUUGGCAGUUUCAGCUACUACUUCAUAUUUGAUCACUCUCUAAAGAAACAUCCUCAGUAUUUGGAGAAUCAAGUGCAGCGUGAAAUCAAAUACACCCUCAAAUCAAUGCCAUGGAUCAGUUUCCCCACGGUUGCCAUCUUCUUUGCUGAAGUCAGAGGCUACAGCAAACUCUAUGAUAACAUUGAAGACUCUCCUUAUGGUUGGUUUGGUGUUAUCCUCAGCAUGCUCUCUUUCCUCUUCUUUACUGAUAUGUGUAUCUACUGGAUUCAUCGAUUUCUCCAUCAUAAGCUUUUGUAUAAGCGUUUGCACAAGCCCCAUCACCUGUGGAAGAUCCCAACUCCAUUUGCAAGCCAUGCAUUUCACCCCAUGGAUGGCUUCCUUCAAAGCGUCCCUUAUCACAUCUACCCGUUCCUUUUUCCCCUGCACAAGGUGACCUAUUUGGGCCUCUAUGUCUUCGUCAAUAUCUGGACAAUCUCCAUCCAUGACGGGGACUAUCAUGUUCCUGACAUACUGAAGGAAAUUAUCAAUGGUGCCGCCCAUCACACUGAUCACCAUUUGUACUUUGAUUACAACUAUGGCCAGUAUUUUACACUCUGGGAUAGAAUUGGGGGCUCAUACAAAAACCCUUCUUCUUUUGAAGGGAAAGGGCCCCAUGAUUAUUUGAAAAAGCUAAAAGAAAGCAAAUUGAGCAGUUUUAAAAAUGGCUGUGGGGAUGAAGGAGUGCUAGAGGAAGGCAGUUUUAAAAAUAAAUAGGCUCCUCCCUCUCCAAGGAUCGGAAAGCCCUAUAUGCAUUAUUUUUAAAUAACUAUAUAAACUUCCCUCUCCUGUAACACUACUGGGAGACAGGCACUGUAGACAUCACUCAGAUAUCUUGGUGAUGGAAUUAUAUAAUUGAGAACUAAGUUGUUCUGUAAUGAAGACUACGCUUGAUAAGGCAGAAAUACUAAGUUGCGAGUUGCAGAGCAACAACUUUGUUGUAUACAGUAAUGGAGAAAAUGCCUGUAGCUGAUGAUGCUAAUGGUAAGUUAAUUUGGGAACACUCCUUUUUCUUGCACAAUACAUAGGAGUCGAAACCUGACAUGAACUCUGUUGCCAUUGGAAUGAGUUUAGAAGCCAUUUGCUUCUUUGUGCGACCCUUAACACUCUUGAAUCCAUAGUUUGCAGUUCAAUUGUAAUUCCAGCAAGAUGCUAUAAGUCAGUGUGUGGAGUUGACAAACUAGAUAGCUGCCUUUGUGACUGCAUUUACUAGCUUGAAAAUGGGCUUGCAGGAUGAAUAUCAAACAUGCAACAUUCAUGUCACUUUCUGUUUUCCAAGUGCCCCAGUUUAUCAGAUAAGAUAAAACGGGUGGUUUUUCAUGAAGCAUCACAUGUCCAGAUUGCUUUAUAGGUUGUUUUCAAAAGAUGCUCCCUAGCUUUUUAGAAAAUAUGUGUUUAAAUGCCCUUUUUUCUUAAUUGAACGGCAAGGUUGAUGUCUGACUUCUGUUGUGGAGUAGAUACUUGUUUGGUAUUUCAAUGUCCCUCUGUUGAAAGCAUCAUAAUGCAAAUGCAGAAAAUAAGGCAAAAGAACUAUUGCUAUGUUUUCAGAAUGCCUUUGUUAUACUUUCAGGAAUCCUUUGGAUGAUUAUCUUAUAGGGAAUCGCAGUGAAGCAUACGGUAACGUUGCCUUUCCAUAGAGUGUGUUGUAUAUUAGAAGCAGAGCAAUGUGAUCCAGCUAAAGACAAAAAUGAUCAGAUUCUCAAGGCUGCAGAGCGUUCUUUGCAAUUCUCGAGGGGCCCUAUGAGAGUGAAGGGGACAGAGGUUUGGUCAAGUGAAAAAAAGCCGUCUUGGGAAGUUUUUUUAAGAGCUGAAUCCUGUUGUGGAGUUGGCUUAGGUUUUGAGCCUUGUCAGUGGGUCCAGUCCACCAGUAAGUUUAUUUUAGUGGUGCUUGCAUUAGUCAACUUAUUAGUAGAUUAAACCCAGCACAUUUUCUCAGCUGUCUCAUCGGCUCUUCUUUUUUGCAAUUUGCUGUUACUUUCUUUCCUCUCAGCAUGUGUCACUUUGAAGUCUAAAUGCCAAAAACAUUCAACAGUGCUAUGCUUUACUGCUUUGAUAUAGACAAAUGCAUAGAAUUUCAGAGACAUUGCAAAAAGGAGUUCUCUGUCUGAUAAUUAUAUCAUAUGAAGGAUUGUGUUUUCUGGUUAAACCAGGCAGCAGCCUGUGGAAACUGUCUUUUUCUUUU